AUCUUCGGAAAAACUAAGGAUUUUUACUGUUUCCCUGUUGAAGCAUGUACGAUUCACUAUAAAAAAUUAUAUUUAAUCGGUAAUAAGCAUUUGAAAUAUUGCUGUGGGUAGUUUUGUGGUAACACUUUUCUAAAGUUUGUAUCGCUAUUUGGUAUCGACAAAAAUCAACAAGAAUACUAAGCUUCGCUAUUCAGAAAGUUAUAUCGCGAAGUACCAAUGAGUAAGAUGACUAAAAACAAACUCAACCUCACACUUCCACCUGGAUCAGUGGAUGUUCCGGCCGGACAACAAACUACGCCAACUCCUUCUUUCAAAACACCAUCGGGCACAGAGUACGUGAUCGGAAAACACAACUUACUAGGUAAAACGAAAAACAGUAUUGAUGCGUUGACCGAAACACUUGAAGAACUCGAGAUGGAGGAAAGUGCUCGCAAACGAAUCAAGGUAUUCUUGAGCCAAAAGGAAAAGAUCGGCGAACUAAGUGACGAAGACUUAGAAAAGCUCGGAGAACUGGGCUCGGGCAACGGAGGUGUUGUGAUGAAGGUGCGUCACAUUCCUACUCAACUUAUUAUGGCCCGGAAGCUUAUACACUUAGAAGUAAAACCAGCUAUAAAGAAGCAGAUCAUUCGCGAACUGAAGGUGUUACAUGAAUGCAAUUUCCCGCACAUCGUUGGAUUUUAUGGUGCAUUUUACAGUGACGGAGAGAUAAGUAUUUGUAUGGAAUACAUGGAUGGGGGAUCGCUUGAUUUGAUAUUAAAACGCGCUGGACGCAUACCGGAAGCUAUUUUGGCCAAAAUCACAUCUGCUGUUCUAAAGGGUCUAAGCUAUUUACGCGAUAAACAUGCCAUCAUGCACAGAGACGUGAAACCUAGCAAUAUUCUGGUGAACAGCAGCGGUGAAAUUAAGAUUUGCGACUUUGGGGUAUCCGGCCAACUCAUCGACUCAAUGGCCAAUUCAUUUGUUGGAACUAGAAGCUAUAUGUCGCCUGAACGCCUACAAGGAACGCAUUAUUCUGUGCAAUCCGACAUCUGGUCGCUGGGACUUUCUUUAGUAGAAAUGGCCAUAGGAAUGUAUCCUAUUCCUCCACCAGAUGCCAAAAUGUUGGAUCUUAUUUUUCAAGAAAGAAACGAAGACAAUUCUCCGGGACAAAAUAUCAUCGAACCGAAACCAAUGGCUAUUUUCGAGUUGCUAGACUACAUUGUUAAUGAACCACCACCUAGAUUGGAACACAACUCAUUCACGGAUCGAUUCAAGGAUUUUGUUGAUCGUUGUCUGAAGAAAAAUCCUGAAGAGAGGGCUGAUUUGAAAACACUGAUGAACCAUGACUGGAUUAAAAACAUUGAAGCUGAAGAUGUUGAUAUUGCUGGCUGGGUGUGUAAAACAAUGGAUUUGGCACCUUCUACACCGAAACGGAACGCUUCUCCUUUUGCGAACUGAAAGCACAGUUAUUAAUAUUUCAUCUACAUUCAUUACAAUUGUACACACGUAAGUAAAGGAAAAAAUAUAGGCGUAAAUGCACAUUUUAAGUUAAUAUACAUUUACAUGAAUACAACAAAAAUCGUUCCACUGAAUCGAAAUGCAGGACGACCGUUCUAUUCGAUCCACAUGUACACGUAAGGGUUUGUUUAUCAUUCAAUUCUUUUUCGACCUCAUCUUAUCAUCCAGAAGGAAAGAAAACCAUAUAAAAUUUGCGAAAUUAUGUAAUCAUCCAAGUAUAAAACUGGUCCUAAACAGUAGGAAAAGUCAUAGAGAAACUACACAGUUAAUUCGUGCAGCAUUAACCUAAACACUAAACAUUCAAAAAUGUAAACUAAUUUAUAAUUAAUAUAUCUGCUGAUUAAGGUAAUUGUUUAUGAAAUAUAUAUUUUCACUUCAUUGCAAUAAACAACUUGGGAAUUGUUUUUCGGAUGAUUCAAAUGUAAUAUAAAAAGCUAGACGAGUAUUUUGCAGGUCUUCAAACAUUUUGCAAAAUAUU